UAGUAGGACUUUUUCCCUUCGUUUCCGGCCCGGUCAUGGCAGCUGGAUGCAGGAAGCAGAGGGCCUUGAUUUAGAGUAAACAAGCCUAGCAGACCCUGUCGAAAUUUAGCGACUGGGUCCUGAUUUAAAACGAGUUUGUCGGACUUUAUUUAGCUCUCUGUAAUAUCUCGCUGUCGCAGUAAACAAUGGCCACGACCGCUCAGUUAUUUGAGGAACCAUUUGAUGCAGAUGAGUACAUUGAGCGGCUGGCUUGGAGAACUCCAGGAGGGGGUUCUAAAGGAGGAGCUGAGGGGUUUGACCCCAAAAAGUUGCUGGAAGAGUUUGAGAACCACAUAGAAGAACUGAAACAACUGGAUGAGAGGAUCCAGAGAAAAGUGGAGAAGCUUGAACAGCAAUGCCACCGUGAGGCCAAGGAGUUUGCACACAAGGUUCUGGAGCUGCAGAGGAGCAACCAGGUGGCCUUCCUGCACUUCCAGGAGCUGGAUGACCACAUCAGCUAUGUGGCCACGAAGGUCUGUCACCUUGGGGACCAGCUGGAGGGAGUAAACACUCCAAGACAGAGAGCUGUCGAGGCCCAGAGACUCAUGACGUACUUCAACGAGUUCCUAGAUGGAGAACUGCGCAGCGAUGUCUUCAACAACCCUGAUAAGAUAAAAGAAGCUGCUGACAUCAUUCAGAAGUUGCACUUGAUUGCCCAGGAGCUGCCGUUUGACAGAUUUGCUGAUGUCAAGGCCAAGAUAGCAAGUAAAUACCAUGACCUGGAACGGCAGCUGAUCCAGGAGUUCACAGCAGCUCAGCGCAGGGGAGAGAUUGGCCGCAUGAGGGAAGUGGCUGCAGUCCUACUACAUUUCAAGGGGUAUGCCCAUUGUAUAGAUGUGUACAUCAAACAGUGCCAAGAGGGUGCGUACAUGCACAAUGAUGUGUUUGAGGACACAGCCCUUCUGUGUCAGCGAGUCAAUAAACAAGUGGGAGAGGUCUUCAGCAGCCCAGAAACGGUGAUGGCCAAACUCAUCCAAAACAUCUUUGAGAACAAGUUACAGGCUCAUGUAAGAGAAACACUUGAUACUCGUCCCACUGAAUUGGAGCAGUACCUCAAAAACCUAUAUGACCUCUACACCAGGACAACAGCUUUGGCUGCUAAGCUAACAGAGUUUAACUUGGGCUCGGACAAACACACUUUUCUGUCCAAACUGAUUAAAAGCAUCUUCUCCACCUACCUGGACAGCUACAUAGACAUGGAGCAGCAGUAUCUACAAACCCGCAGUGCCUCAAUUCUGCAGAGGUACUAUGACUCAAAGAACCACCAAAAACGGCCACUAGGCACUGGGAGUAUCCAGGAGCUGAAGGAGAGGAUCAGACAGCGCACAAAUCUGCCCUUGGGCCCCAGUAUUGACACACAUGGAGAAACUUUCCUCUCACAGGAAGUUGUGGUCAACCUGCUGCAGGAGACACGCCAUGCAUUCCAGAGAUGUCACAAGUUGUCUGACCCAGCUGACCUUCCUAAGAAUGCAUACUCUAUCUUCUUGCUCUUGGUAGAGCACCUCUGUGUGGAUCAUAUUGACUAUGCCUUGGAGAUUGGCCUUUCAGCUAUUCCUUCUGCAGACGCCAAAACUGCCAACCUCUACUUCUUGGAUGUGGUCCAGCAGGCCAACACUAUCUUUCACCUCUUUGAUAAGCAAUUUAAUGAUCACCUCAUGCCUCUUAUUAGUUCAUCUCCUAAGCUGACGGAGUGCUUGCAGAAGAAGAAGGAGGUGAUUGAGCAGAUGGAAGUGAAGCUGGACACUGGGAUUGACCGGACACUGAAUUGCAUGAUUGGUCAGAUGAAGCACAUUUUGGCCACUGAGCAGAAGAAAACUGACUUCAGGCCAGAAGAUGAGAACAAUGUCAUGAUACAGUACACUACAGCGUGCUCUAAGGUGUGUGCGUAUGUAAGUAAGCAGGUGGAGCGCGUGCGGAGGUCUAUGGAUGGGAAGAAUGUGGACACGGUCCUGACCGAGCUGGGCGUGCGCUUCCACAGGCUCAUCCAUGAGCACCUGCAGCAGUUCAGCUACAACUACAUGGGGGGCAUGCUGGCCAUCUGUGAUGUGGCAGAGUACCGCCGCUGCGCCAAAGAUUUCCGGGUUUCUCUGGUCCUGCAGCUCUUUGAUACACUUCAUGCUCUGUGCAACCUCCUGGUUGUUGCUCCGGAUAACCUGAAACAGGUGUGCUCCGGAGAGCAGCUGACCAACCUGGACAGGAACCUCCUACAUGCCUUUGUGCAGCUUAGAGCAGACUAUCGCUCGGCCAGACUAGGUCGCCAUUUUAGCUAAUGACUACAAAUGUGCUGCACAGCCCACCACACAGCCGUCCAAUCAGAACAGCCCACUUGGUAGGCAAAAGCACUACUGCCAAACUGAGUUGCUCUUGGACUCCUUUAUUCCUAAAAUUAACAAUCUCUCCAUGGAUGUGAGACUGUGUGGUCCCACCUUAACUGAACAGUGAAUAUUUAUGGAUAUGCCCCCUUCCAUCUGUUUUAUUUCUGAAUUUGCUUUUUGCCUUCUAAUCUCAUCUUUUAACUAGUAUACUGCAUAUGCGAAUGUGCAGCAUUUCAUUUGAAAUGUAUUCUUCACUUCACAGCGUCCUUGCAUUACAAUUUUUAAGGCCUAUUUUAAUACAGGUGAUAUUGAUCUGUAAAAAGAGAACAUUGUAAAGAGGGUCGCUUUAGGUUUCUAUGGAUUUUGAUGUGGAGUGGGUGAAGCUGAAUGAACUACAGUGGACCAGAUUUGAAAUUCUGCAGAGAUCUGAGGGAGAAGGAGAAGAGACUCGUUUGUUGGCAUUUGUUUUUAUUGUACCAAAUAUUUGUGGCUCUGCUGGCACUGGAGACACUUCAGCAAGCUGCUCUAAAGAAUGAUGAGCUAACUCACUAAUGAGCAACAGCUAAUUUCUGUUUUUUUUUUCUUCCCAACAUAGGACUUAAUAGAGAUCUAAUAUGAAUUCUGUGCUUGGUGUGCAAGUUACAGAGUUUAUAUAUGCAGUUAAUUCAACAUAAUCAAGACCAAGCAACAAAACCUACAAUACACUACACUGAACAGAUCACUGCUUAAAACAUAAGUCAUUGAAUAAAUAAUUGAAUUGUUAAACAAA